CACUGAGGUUGCCUUUUCUCGUUCUCUUUUCCACAAACAUUCGCGAAGCAAAGACGGGUUUUACGCGGGCUGCCGUUUUGCCGAAAAAGUUACAAGAAUUUGCUUCCUGUUGUACCUCCCCGAAACUGUAUUAAUACCAGCCUAUGCGAUAGAUAUUUUUAAAGCUGUUAUUUUCGCAACCUUCCCGUGCAUUGUAAUUGACGACAUUUACUUUAACAAAACAGCAAAGGAAAAACCCCCCGGUGUGAAAAAAAAAGACCGUAGCUACGCUCCCCCCAAUUGCCUGCAGUCCCGGAGAAGACGAAAGAUUCUAUACCGAAAGCGGAAAAAGUGCACCGUGUGUCGCCUGCAGUGUUGUGUGCAGUUUUUCGUGUGUUGAAAGUGAAAAAUAGUGUCCAGUACCACCCCACCCUACAGCAUCAAAAUGCCGCAGACUAAUGGAUUCGCUCCGAGCACCAACGGCCACAGCGGCUACGAAAUGGAGGACGGAUGUUCCUUCCUCUUUACGUCGGAAUCGGUUGGAGAGGGUCACCCUGAUAAAAUGUGUGACCAGAUAAGCGAUGCCAUACUAGAUGCCCACCUCGAACAGGACCCGAAUGCAAAGGUUGCUUGUGAGACCAUUUCGAAAACUGGCAUGAUUCUGCUGUGCGGCGAAAUCACCUCGAAGGCCGUCAUCGAUUAUCAGCGCGUGGUACGCGAAACAGUGAAGCACAUUGGUUACGAUGAUUCGUCCAAAGGUUUCGAUUAUCGUACGCUGAAUCUGCUGGUAGCAAUCGAACAGCAGUCGGAAAACAUUGCCCAAGGAGUACACGUCGAUCGCGAUGAGGACAGCGUCGGUGCGGGCGAUCAGGGUCUGAUGUUUGGUUAUGCUACCGAUGAAACGGAAGAGUGCAUGCCGCUGACCGUCGUGCUGGCCCAUCGGUUGAACGAGAAGAUUGCGGAACUGCGCCGCAGUGGCGAUUUCUGGUGGGCCCGGCCCGACUCCAAGACCCAGGUCACUGCCGAAUACAUCUUCGAGUCGGGUGCGUGCAUACCGCAGCGGGUGCACACGGUCGUGGUAUCGCUGCAGCACUCCGACAAGAUAACGCUCGACGAGCUGCGCAAGGAAAUCAUGGACAAGGUGAUCAAGGACGUGAUCCCGGCCAAGUACUACGACGCGAACACGAUCGUGCACAUCAACCCGUGCGGGCUGUUCAUCAUCGGUGGGCCGCAGGGCGAUGCCGGGCUUACCGGGCGCAAAAUCAUCGUCGACACGUACGGCGGCUGGGGUGCGCACGGUGGGGGUGCCUUCUCCGGCAAGGACUUCACGAAGGUGGACCGUUCCGCGGCGUACGCCGCGCGUUGGGUGGCCAAAUCGCUGGUGAAGGCCGGCAUCUGUAGGCGGUGCUUGGUGCAGGUGGCGUACGCGAUCGGGCUGGCCGAGCCACUGUCAAUUACGGUGUUCCACUACGGCACGUCCAAGUACAACCAGAAGGAGCUGCUGAAGAUCGUGUCGGACAACUUUGACCUGCGUCCGGGCAAGAUUGUGAAGGAUCUGAAGCUGCGCACCCCGUUCUACCAGCGCACCAGCACCUACGGCCAUUUCGGUCGCUCCGGUUUCCCGUGGGAGGAACCGAAGGAGCUGGUCGUUGAAUGAUGCCGUUCGGAUGCGGUCGAGCCACAGCCGCCGCCGCCGCCGCCACCGUCAUCCACUGUUGAUGAGGAGCAGGACGAUGCGUACCGUUCGAAGAGCGGUACGCCGACGGGCACAUCGACAAACCACCCCGCCAAGGGUUCGGAUGAGCGGGACGACGGUGCAGCCAGUGCUUCGAAGAAAGCAAAACUAGAUUUAACCGUGUCCGCUACGUUGCCGUAAAUGCUUUUUUUUCAUAUCGAUUUUUCUUAAGCUUAACCUUUUUUUUAUAGUAAUAUUAUUGCUCAUUUUGUCUGCUGGUUGGGAAAGCUGGAGGAUUGCUUGCAGACACCAUUUUUAACCCGAGGGUGGUUCGUCUUUAUUAAGUUUUCUAUUAUUCUAUUGUGUUUGCCCAAACCCCUCUUCCAAACUCCACCUCCACCUCACAUCCCCAGUAGAAUCUUGUAUAAGCCCGUCUUUAGCUAUCGCAUUAAGUACUUCAACUACAAAGCAGCAUUACUGACGAAAUGCGCAGAGCAGAGAGAGAGAGAGAGAGAGAAAGAGAGGAAGAUAAAGAGAAAAACGAAGACAAUGUACUAUGUUAGCAGGAAAAAAGUUAAGAUAGUCGUAAGAAACAAACAAUUGUGCGUGUGUGUGCGUGGACAACCCCCAUGUCGUCCCGCGCAGCACUCGAGCGGAGCUAGACCAUUCGGUUGGCCACAGCAGGAGGAGGAAGGACACCCAUUUCACACAUCAAAAGUGCACCACGACGACCACGGGAAUACUAUCGCCUGGUGGGGUCGGUUGGUAGCUGCCUGCUGCAAAAUCUGUUGUCCGGGUGUGAGGAAGAUUGCCGAACAUUUGCCUUCCGUAGGCCACUAACCAGAGAUAAAACAACUAAUGGAAGAGAGGCAUUACGACGUACGUUCGCCCGCAUGGUUACCGACAUUUGUAAAGGUCUGUCGAAUAUUAGCGAUUACUGGAAGAGAAGGGACAGUUUGGAUUGAUCAGGAGAGCAAAUGUUGCUAUCCAUGAGGCAAACGAGAAGCGUGUACAGGAAACCGCCUUUUAUUUGGACUUCAAAUGAGACGCAAGCUAAGUAAGAUCGAUUGUUCGGUUAGUUAGUUUAGAAAAGCCCGUUCGCUUCAGUUCCUUUCCUACACACAGUGAUGAGCAUUUAGCGCGUGAGACCGGGAACUAAACGGAAGAUUCGCUUGCGGGGUAGAGAAAAAAAGAAUGCAAAAGGUGCUGUGUGCUAUGAGGAAGCUUAAGUUGCGUUGCGCUAUCCAUCCUUUACGGGCUAACACACUUCCCCGGCACAAGAAGUUAGAG